AUGAACCAGGAUAAUAACGGCAGCAUUGGAGCCCAGAACGAUGACAGUGGGAAUGCUCGCAACGAGCGUGCCGUUGACCCUAAUUCUAUCACUGACGAAGCUGCGGUAGAUGCUGCAAACACUAACACGAGUCGAAAAAGGUCCGCGUCCGACGCUCCAUUGGCUGGGCAACCACCAUUGAAAACAAAGAGGCGCGACAUGGUAGAUGCCGGCACCUCGAUGGCUGGAAGUCGAGGGCCUGGCAAUCACGACGAAGCUGUUGAAGACAGCAUUGGAGACACGCAGGCUGCGGAACAGCCGCCACCUGUAGCACACGCUCGCCUUGCAGCCCUUAGGCUUGUUGACAACCAGCAGAACUACCUGACGUCGGAAGGACCUGACGACACGAGGUUGGGACAACUGAACACCACUACCAUUGGAAUCCCUGUUCUGGGCCCCGAUCAGACCAAUGUGGGAGACCUUGUCAUGGUACACUGCUACGAGCGAUGUCUAGGACCUGAUGACCUCAGACAAGCCAGGGAGAGGCUCGUCGAUGGCCGUUGCCAACGCAACCAUGGGAUCGUCAUGUACUUCGGCGACCUCUCAGGACCUGCUGACGAUCAUCGCCCUGUCAUCGAGAAGAAGAGAUAUUUCGUGGUGAUUUAG